UGAUGAGGAUACUGUUGUCCCUGGCAACGCUGUGUUCCACUCUCAUACACGGAGCCUCUACCUAUGUCAUGAAGGCUAACUCAAACUCCAACUCCAUCAAGAACGUCCCUGCGGCACCUGCAGGGCAGCCCAUGGGCUACUACCCAGUCAGUGUCAGUCCGGACUCUUUCUAUGACAUGGCUAACAAGUACCAGUCCUUUGAUGCUUACCCGCUUUACACAUGCACAGAGGAUGAUGACUGUGCUCUGGAUGAGUUCUGUCACAGCUCCAAAAGUGGGAACUCCAUGGUGUGUCUGGCAUGCAGGAAACGUAGGAAGCGCUGUCUGCGUGAUGCCAUGUGUUGCAUGGGAAACUACUGUAGCAAUGGUAUCUGUGUGCCAGUGGAGCAGGAGCAGGACCGCUUCUCACAGCUUGGUUACCAAGAGGAGACCAUCAUGGAAACCUACCAUAAUGAACACGCUACUGUUGAUACAAACACCAAAUUCACCACAUCCCCAUCUGGAAUUCAACCCUUUAAAGGUCGUGAUGGUGAUGUAUGCCUCAGGUCCAGCGACUGUGGCCCAGGACUGUGCUGUGCUCGUCAUUUUUGGUCAAAGAUCUGCAAGCCUGUCCUUGAAGAAGGUCAAGUGUGCACUAAGCACAGAAGAAAGGGGUCACAUGGCCUGGAGAUCUUCCAGCGUUGUCACUGUGGAGCAGGGUUGUCCUGCAAGUUACAGAAGGGAGAAUUCACAACUGUGCCUAAAACCUCCAGACUUCAUACAUGUCAGAGGCACUGAACGACUCACUGGACUUGGUACUAACUUAAGCAAGGACUCUGCUUCACAGCCGUUUUGCUCUUUGGAUGUAAUUCUGUUCAAUAACACAGUUUACAUUGCAUACUCUGGCUAUCAUCUCUGGUCCAGGGUCACAUGAAUGGUUUCUUUUUAUGAAACUGCACUUUAUUUACAGUGUUUGCAGUAAAUUACUGUGUUGUAAAUACAAACACAACUUUCAGUUGUAUAUAUUUAUAAAUAAUAAGAGUUUCUAAAUGUCUCUCCCAUUUUUACUUUCACUGCAUACAUGUAGAUGCA